AUGGUAUCAGAGAUAUACUUUCAGAAUACUGGUUGUAACUCUCUUGUUGUACCACCAUCAUUACUUUUUGUAUAUGAUGGAUACAGAGCAUUAAUAAAUAUAGGUGAAAAUACUCAGAGAUUCUGUAAUGAGCAUAGAAUCCGCCUGUCACGUAUCUCUGACAUAUUUAUAACUUAUGUUUCGACAGAGACAGUUGCUGGAUUACCUGGAAUACUUCUUACAGCACAAAGUCUUGGCAAUAAGAAAAUUAGAGUUAUUGGACCACCACCAUUGCUAGAAUUUGUAACAAUGAUGGGCUACACUAUUAAAAAAAAAAAUUUCGGAAGUAAUACUAUAUCAUUUACUUUUAAUUAUGAUGAGAGUAGCAAUGAUUUUGACUCAUCUAAGAAUAUGGAUAUUGAAGUUGUAGAACUACGUACUGAAAGUGAACUCUCUUUUGAUGUUCCAAACUCUGUUCUCAUGAUAGAUUGUGGAAUAAGGGUUUAUUUUGUACAAGUUUCUAUUAAUAAUAGUCAGUUUACUACUAAUUAUGAUAGAAGAAAAAAGAAGAGGGGAAAGAUGGAUAAUAAUGAGUCUGUUUUUGUAGCUCAAUAUAUCUUCGAGUACCCAGAUAUUCCAGGGAAAAUAGAUAGUCAAAAGGCAAAAUUACUUGGUAUUGAGCCAGGACCACUUUAUGCUAUAUUGAAAAGAGGAGAAAGUGUUGUAUUACCUAGUUCAAAUAUAGUAACUCAUGAUCAAGUAUGUGAACCUCCAACAAAAAUUCCAUGUAGCAUCGUUAUUCAUCCUCUAAAUGAACUUCACUAUACUGAAGUUAUAUAUACUCUCUUUAAUUUCUUAAUAAAAAUGCUUGAAAUAAAAGGAAGAGAAUUUACAUCUGAGUAUAGUAUGGAGGGUUAUAUUUCAUAUAUCUUUGAUUUUUCUAAACCAACUUUACAGUUAGUCUUAAAUGAAUUGGAUAAAAUAGGUCAGCUAGACAAACUUAGCACUUUAUUUUUCUCUCAAAGUAGACACAUUUAUAUUGAUCAAACAGAUAAACCCAUUCUAUACUCUCCUUUUGUUGCAGCAUCAGUGCAGCAGAAUAUCUUACACUGUAUUUCAGCAUCUAUCUUCCCAAUUCCAAAGACAGAAAGAAAGGGUAUAUCUGAAGUAUCAAAAAAUAUACUUCUUAGUCGGUAUGAUAUAUUCCCAUUAAAAAGACAAAAUAGCUCAUUUUACAAUGAUAAAUGUAUAUAUGAACUAUAUUCAACUGCUAAAGAUGUAAUAUUUUCCAAAUUAAGUAAUUUGUCUUCUGAUAUUGAGCAUUGCAGACAAAUACUUAGAGAAUGUAGUGAAGCUCUACAAAACUCUGAUUUAAAUAUGGAUACAGAUUCCUUAAUAAAUAAGAGAAUUUGCUACCCAUAUUUAUAUAUAUUAGGAACUGGCUCUGCUAUUCCAUCGCGCUAUAGAAAUGUUUCGGGAAAUAUCAUUUUAGUGAACAAAUACACAAGUAUUUUGCUUGAUUGUGGUGAAGGAUCAGUUUCACAAAUAUUUUAUUUGCAUGGUUACAGGUUAGAAGAACUUCUCAAAUUCAUUACAACUUUAAAAGUGUGCUUUAUUUCUCAUGCACAUGCAGAUCAUUAUAUUGGUUUGCUCCAGCUUAUUCAAAUUAGACUGAAUUUGCUUACUCAACACUGGAAGCAAACAAGAUUUACAGAAAAUUUUAUUAUAAAGAAUAAUAGAGGUUUAACAUUAGAGUUUGAGAAUAAAGAUACCUACACUGAGUAUAAACUUGCACCUCUUAUUAUUAUUGGACCAAGGAAAAUAGAGGAGAUAUUGAAUUUCCAUGCUAAGAAUAUAUGUAAUAAUGAGAAAGUAUGCAGUGGGAACGUCGUAAGAAGGGAUGAGCUAUUUAUAUUUAUUUCAACACAGGAAGUUAUUUACAAAUCAUUAAAGAUUAGUCAACAUACAGGUAUAAUUUAUAAAGCUGAUAGUGAAGUUAAUAACAAUGGAUUAACCAAAAUAAAUAGUUUAUAUUCUAAAAUAUCUUUGGAACCUUUUGUUGUAGAGCAUAUAAAUGACUCUUAUGGGGCGUGUGUGAAAUUCAUGAACUAUUCAACUUCAGCUAUAUACUCGCUUGUUUUUUCAGGAGAUACUAAACCAUGUGAAAAUGUUGUAAAUGCUGCUAGAAAUUGUGAUAUUCUAAUUCAUGAAGCUACCUUUGGGAAUGAAUUUGCUGAGGAAGCUACUAGAAAGUUGCACUCAACUUUUUGCGGAGCUGUAUCAAGUGGUUAUAAUAGUUGCUCUCAAAUUACCUUGCUAACUCACUUUAGUCAGCGGUAUCCAGUGACUCCAUUCAUUGAAUUUAAUGAGUCUAUAUUAUUUAGAUAUUUCCAAGAAAAGACAUUAUUUGCAAUUGAUCUUGCAGCAAUUCCAUUGAAUUUCGUUAAAGAUCUUCCAUCUUUUUUCCAUUCUAUAGGUGGUUUACUAAGGAGAAUUCACAGUAGUAGGGAUAAUGAUAGAUAA